GUCCGGCACUGCAAAGCUGUUCCCUUUCUGCAAGCACUGUGGGAAUGCCAAGAAACAAAAUGAUCAUGGAAGUGCAGAUGGCCAUCUUCACCAACAUGCUGGGCAUGUUCCUCUUCCUGCUUCUGCUCCUCUAUGACUACGUGGUGAUCAAUAACUCCAAGAAGCAGGAGUGAGGUGGCACGGCCCCGCUGCAGAUGGCUCUGUGCUCGAGAGGAGCAUUUUCAUACUUGUCUCUUCUGCUUGCUGAGAGCUGAGGAUGCCACAAGCCUGAGCCCAGGAAUGGCCCUUAAGGGAUGCAGAAGUGCCUGCCACCAGGAUGAAAAGUCAAAAAGGGAUUGGGAAGAAGCUCCUCCAAGGUUGAGGGGUUUAGGCCCCUAUUAAACAUCCCCCUCCACUUUUGAGGCUAAAAAAAAAUAGA